UUAAGAGGUCACACAGUUCGCAGAAAAUUCAAUUUUGUUUUUAUGGAAAUUUGGCUGUUUAUUCACCAAAACCAUCGAAAUAAUGGCCUCAAAGCGGUUUGGUCCUAUGAAGGAUCUUGCCAGAGCCAAGAAGCCUCGCCUUGAUGUCAGCGUCACCCGCGCCUCGACCCGCCCCAGCCCGCCGAGGAGCAUCAUGGACUUCUGGGACGAUGACGACGAUGUGAUUUUGAUGGCCACCCAGCGGGCGGAGGCGGAAAUCGAGGCGGAGGAGCGCAAGAGGCGGGGAGAAGUGGAGGCCCCAAGCAAUAUCCGCAGCGAGAUUACCUUCAGCGAGUUCGCACCCACAGCCCAGGGCUGCACCAGCACGCAGCAAAUAUUUCUGCCACCCCCACCGCCCGCCAAGAAGUCCAACGUUUUGGAUUUGGAUGAUAUAUUUGCGGACGACGAUGACUUUGACUUCCUGGCCGUUACCCUCAUGGAUAGCGAGCCCCAGAAGCCCGUGGAGCAAGUUCAGCCCAGCACCAGUUCUGGCAGCAGGAUUAGCAUUCAUCAGAAAACCACCACGAGCACGACAACCAUGAAUUUCACACAAUCGCGGCAGCAGGAGCACCAGAUCAAGUUCUUAAUGGACCGCAUUGAGGCCCUGAAGCGAGACAAGUCGAAGCUGGAAAAGGAUCUGGGGGACAGCAACGAACGCAACGAGAUCAGAUCGGGAGAGGUGAGCCUGCUUCGGGAUGAACUUAAGCAUCUGCGCCAGCAGCUGCAGGUCAGCAAAAUGGAGAAGCUCGCCCUGGCCGACGAGACGAACCGGGAUUGCAAUAAGAAGGUGGCCGAGGCGGCCAAGCAGAUAGCAGCCAAGGAUAUCGAAUUGAAGAUUAAGAACGCCGAGUACACCAAGCUGAAGACCCAGCAGCGAGCCCAUGAAAAGAGUAUGAACAUGAGCAUGAACACGAGCCUGGCUCCCAUCGUUGCUCCCGAUGCCUCCGAGCAGCGUAUUCUUCUCCAACUCAACCGGCUCAAUAUACACAGAUCGGUGCCACGCUUACUGAGAGCAGAUAGUGGCAUCGACUUUGAGUAUGAUGAGGUUCGAGAUCAGGAUCAAAGGCAGAAGAAGAGGUCACUGUUCGAGACCGAACUCAAACAGUUGCUUCUACAUUACGCCCAGCUGCAGGCGCAACCGGAAUCGCUGGACAAUCUCAUCCCUCGAGUCCUCAGCUCCGUGGGUAAGGUGUUUGUCGAAUUCGCCUCGUAUGCCCAGAGCUUGAAGUUUCCGCCCAACUGCACGCUGUAUCCAUAUAAUCCAUAUAACUUGGACAUGGAACCGGAGGUACUGCGGAUCUCCCUUACCCAGCCGGGUCAUAUGUUUGAGAAUGAAAGAGCUUUAGUCCUGCGGAGAUACAUAGGCACCUUGGCCUUGAUAUGCCGGCAGCACAGUGAUAUUUCCAGCGCCCUUCUCGAGUGGAAACAUAACGAGGAGUUUGGACUAUUGGAGCUGGCAACUGAGGCGGUUGUCAAGCUGGGAUUUUGCAACGAGAUAGGCGAGCAUUUUGGAUUGCUGGAAGCGUUGGCUUCUCUACUAAAUAGUCUCCUCCUUCUGGAUGCAGAGGAAAUAUUGAAGGAAAAGGAAGAGCCACUGUUUGACCUGCUCAAACAGUUGGUGUUUACGCGGCCCAGUCCCUGGGUUUUCAAGGAGCUGAGCUCGUGCUUAUUAAACGCCAAUCGACAGCCACAGCUGAUGGCCAGGAUGUGUGUGAAAAGCCCCAGAAAUUGCUUUGUUUCGGACCGCGUCCGAUCCAUUUACCGCUUUGCGCCCGAGUCCUGCUUAUUGCAAGUUUAUGCCGGCCUUCUGGAGCUGUGCUUCUUCAGCGAGACUCCAUUAAGGAGAGAUCACUUCCAGCUGCUGCUUCAAAUAGGCGGAAAUCAUGUGCGCUUUGCCUUUGAGUGCUUCAAGAAUCCCCCAGAUUUUAUACUGGAAAUGUUGCCUUACUUUGCUGACGACGAGGAGCAAGAGCAGGAUCAGACUACGACUUUGCAGGCUUCUGUGUCCAAUGGUUCCUCCUCGGCAUCCACAUCAAACUCCCAUCUGAACGGGAACUCGAAUUCUGGAUCCUCGCAGCGCAGCAACAGCAAGGUCAACGAGUGUGAGUGUUAUGUGAAGCUGUGCCUUAGUGCGGUGACGAUUAUCUUCCAGAUGAUGCACCAGUGGAUGCUGCACGAGAAGAGAGCAGGCACUGAAACAGUGGGCGAGAUAUCCCGCGUUUCUGUCCAUCUGCUCAACCUCAUCUUCCAUGAGUACUAUCUGACCUGCCUGUUUCGCGAUUCCGAAGAAACCACUAAGCACUAUCUUAGCCUCACCUGCAGCUGGUGGCGGGAGCACGCGGACCUUUUGGGUUUCCAGCCCAUUCAGUUGCGUUUACUUGGCCGGCUGGAGAACUCCCACUUUAUGCUCAAGCCCCUGCAUCAGGAGGCGAAUCCUAAGAAUCCGGGUAACGAUCUGGCCGAAUGGAGUCGCAUUGUCAAAGAUGCGGACACACAAAAAGAAAAUAACUCAACGCAAAUAUCGUACAAUUCUAAAUUACUCGACGUCGACUUCUUUGCGGGCCUUAAACAAGUGGAUUACACCUUUGAAUAAUUCGUUUAAUUCAGUUGUUGGGUUUAACUAGUUUUUGUUUAGGUUCAAAGUAUAAAAUCUUACUUAGGUAGUUCUAUUAAAUUGUAAAAUUUCCAUAUCUAGUAUU